UUGAUCGCUCUGGUCUGUGUGAAGGCGGAAGUGCUGAAUGCGGAAGUGCGGAAGGCGGAAGUAGCGAUGGCGAUGGAGCGGAGCGGAUCAUGGAGCUGGUGUCCGGUCUGCUGAGUGGAGUCUGGCUUUUGGCGGGACUCUCUGACGCGACGGAGGACAAGAGAAGCAAGAAGAUGGAGGAAAAAGCGCUGGAGGUGUACGACGUGAUUCGGACGAUCCGUGACCCGGAGAAGCCCAACACUCUGGAGGAGCUGGAUGUGGUGACGGAGAAGUGCGUGGAGGUCCAGGAGCUCGGAGACGACGAGUACCUGAUCAUCAUCAAGUUCUCUCCAACCGUCCCGCACUGCUCUUUGGCCACUCUGAUAGGUCUGUGCUUACAAGUCAAGCUUCAGCGCUGCCUGCCGUUCAAGCACAAGCUGGAGAUUUACAUAACUGAGGGAACGCACUCGACCGAGGAGGAUAUUAACAAGCAGAUCAAUGAUAAGGAGCGCGUGGCGGCUGCCAUGGAGAACCCCAGCCUGCGGGAGAUCGUGGAGCAGUGCGUGACCGAGCCGGACGACUGACUUUGACUUCUCUAACAGACUGUCUGAUGAAACCUUACUCUGUCAGACAACAGAAAAGAUGAGAGAUAGAGGUCUCUGGGCUUCCUGUCUGUCUUUGUUUGUUUGGCUCAUUGAAGAACAGCAUUCCUCAAGCUGAGAGAUAAAACACAGCCACUUCCUGUUGAACGUCCUGGCUAAACGAGCAAAACGUUGCAUCAAACCACAAAAGAAACAAUAUUUCACCCAGGAAUUGAGAGAGGAACUAACCCUCGUGUCCUCAUCUGACUUUUUGUUUUGAACCACAGACCGUCUUGAGCUUCGGUUUCUAGACAGAAAAUGCUCCAAAAGAUACAAAAAAACAUUAAAAACGGUCAUUUAUGAGCCCAAGUAUGACAUUUGAGACUCGUGACCUAAAUGCAAUGCUUUAUGAUACUAUAAUGAUGCUUUUAGAAUACGUUUGGAGCUCA